GAUAGGCCCAAUCGUAUACUUUGGAGAAGAGAGCGAUAUCCGUCUUACUUACCUCGCGACUGUUGCAGUUGGCCAGGAUGUUAUAGCAAAUAUAAGCAGCCGCUCUGCAGGGAUGCGUUGAAUGACCUUUUCUGGAACUCAUCGAAAGCGACACAAACCUCGUCGCCUGAACUGGCGGAUGACGAUGUCCAGGGUAUGGUGACCUGUUUUGCACAAUGCGGUUGAGCUUGGGCGCCUGUUGAGCCAGACAUGUACAUAUUGCUAACUGGAAAUGCAGCUUAUUUAUCCUGGCCAGUCUACGUGAGUGCGAUGACGGACCGCCACGGACUGUCUCAAGUCCAAGAUACUGAGGACACCUUUGGACUGUACCGAGAGUCUACCAAGGGCACAGCUCCCAAGAGAGAACCCAGCGGGGAUGCUGAUACUGUGGAUAUUGACGAUUCUCCUGCGUCCUAUGUUUAUAGAAGCUUGAGCGAGCGUCGCGAAUAUAGUAACCAGGAGCCCAAGUCAAAAGUGGACCUUGAUGGUCUUAUGCGGGAGCUAAAGGCCGGAACCUCUAGCAUUGGUGCGCUUGUGGUCGAUGCGAGCACUCUCAUAGAUCAUUUUAUUCCCAGCGAUUUUGACGUUACGGUCAAGGAAAAGGCUUACGGAGCAUUGUACGGUAUUUUGGAGAAAUGUGGCCAACUGGAUCGAUCCCAAUCGGACGUAUUCUACAUAUAUCAAGUUUCCUCCGAGCUCGGAAAAGCGCUGUUGAUAUCCGAAUGCAUUAGGGAAGGGGUGCACGGCCAUAAAUCCGACCUCUUUCUUUUAAACUCCUUCGUCGAGGCAUGCAUUCUCCUGGUAUUAGCACUGACACAGUUCAAUAAACGAAUCCCAGCCCAGGAAAAGGUCCUGGAAUAUACCAAUGCCCAUAUCGAUGGGCAUGAUAGGACAAGGAGAAUAACCAGGCAGAGCAAUUUCAUUCAAGCAUCCCGAUUCUCGUCGGACUCGGAUCCAGAAACUGAAAACAUAGCUAGAGCUAGGGGUAGGAAGAGGACCGAUGUUAGAACUCGCACUGGGCGUGCCUCUCGACCUUCCUCGCCUUUUAAUUCAGAGAGUGAAACUCAUUCUUCCGAAUCCUCCAACAUAUCCAUAAAUAGAGAGGAUAUCUUACGCCCCUUUGAAAAAUUUACUAGCAGACUCAGCAAAGCUAAGGAAGAAGUGCUGCAGGGAUUCGAGUCCCGGAAUCCACUUAACCUGGCCGCUUACUCUACUGUCAACUCGAGCGGUAUUAUUGCUUCAAUUAUCACCUCUAUCAUACAUGGGGAUUGUGACCUGACCCUGCCACUUGGGCCAGAGAAUGCGUAUCUCUCCUCAAUGUUCACGACCUCCGCGAGUGGGGGCUCCAAUUCUGUGAUACAACUGGAUUUGGGAGCGCUAUAUCAGGAUUAUUGCUCCAAAUUGAGGUUGAUUGUGCGCGAACGCCCUGCUCGGAAUCUCCUUGAUGACCUAGACCUAGCGGAAGAAGAGCUGGAUAGCAUUAUCAAAACAUCUGAAACCCAGCAAGAGGUAAUCAAAGAGUUCUUGCGCCAGAGCUUCCAGAGACAACCCACGCAGAAUGCCUGGGUUGGGGAGUUGAAUUCGGCCUACAAGAUCCUGGACAACAAGAUUGGCGUCUACGAGGACCUGAAAGUCCAAAUCGACAAAUUAAGGAGACAGAUCACGCUACAAUUGGAGCUGAAGGAGGAUACCAACAGCAAAGCCAUUAUGAUUUUCACCAUAGUGACUGUCAUCUUCCUACCGCUUUCAUUCGUGACCGGCUAUCUUGGUAUGAAUACAGUGGAUAUCCGCGAUAUGGAUUUUGGGCAAUGGGUUUACUGGGCUUCUGCGGUACCGCUGACUAUCUUGGUUGUGACUUUCUGCAUGACCCUUGCCUAUCAAGGGCAUAAGAUACAGGAAUACGUUUGUCGUUUCUAAGUGUAUGUAAGGGUUUUUAAGUUUGAAUAUUCGAGAGCAAGGGUUAUU